GGCAGGGGGCGGGCCGUAUGGCGGCGCCGUUGCGCCUGGGCCGCGCUGCACGCCUGUUGCCGGCUGCCGCCACGGCCCGACUGCUAGUGCCGCGGCCGUCUCCGCGCCUCGCCUCGUUCUCUUUAUCGUCCGCCAUCUCUUCUAACGGCCCCUCUCCGCCGCCGCCCGCCAUGCAGGCCUUCCAGUACCCCGAGGUGUACCGCGACGAGACCGCCGUGUUGGAUUACCAUGGAUGUAAAAUCAGUGACCCAUACUGCUGGCUUGAAGAUCCCGAUAGCGAACAGACAAAGGCAUUUGUGGAGGCUCAGAACAAGCUUACAGUACCCUUUCUCGAGCAGUGUCCCGUCAGAGGACUGUUCAAAGAACGAAUGACUGAACUCUACGAUUAUCCUAAGUACAGCUGCCACUUCAAGAAAGGAAAAAGGUAUUUUCACUUCUACAAUACAGGACUGCAGAACCAGCGAGUUUUAUAUGUACAAGACUCCUUGGAUGCAGAUGCCAAAGUUUUUCUUGAUCCAAAUAAGCUUUCUGAUGAUGGCACUGUGGCUUUACGAGGUUAUGCAUUCAGUGAAGAUGGUGAAUACUUCGCGUAUGGCCUGAGUUCUAGUGGCUCUGAUUGGGUUACUAUCAAGUUUAUGAAAGUAGAAGGUCCUGAGGAUCUUCCAGAUACACUGGAGAGAGUUAAAUUCAGUUGCAUGGCAUGGACCCAUGAUGGGAAAGGCAUGUUCUACAACUGCUAUCCGAAACAAGAUGGGAAAAGUGAUGGCACCGAGACCUCUACUAAUCUGCACCAAAAACUGCAUUAUCAUGUAUUGGGAACUAACCAGUCAGAAGAUAUCCUAUGUGCUGAAUUUCCUGAUGAACCAAAAUGGAUGGGUGGAGCUGAGGUAUCGGACGAUGGUCGAUAUGUCCUGCUGUCUAUCAGAGAAGGCUGUGAUCCAGUGAACAGACUGUGGUACUGUGAUCUACAGACAGAGUCUCAGGGUAUAUCAGGAAUUCUUCAGUGGGUGAAGCUGAUAGAUAACUUUGAGGCUGAGUAUGAGUAUGUCACCAAUGAAGGAACAGUGUUCACUUUCAAGACAAAUCGCCACUCUCCAAAUUACCGGUUAAUCAACAUUGACUUCAGUGACCCUGAGGAAUCCAAAUGGAAAGUUCUCGUCCCUGAACAUGAAAGAGAUGUUCUAGAAUGGGUUGCUUGUGUGAGGUCCAACUUCCUGGUUUUGUGCUAUCUGCAUGACGUGAAGAAUAUCCUGCAACUUCAUGACCUAGCUACUGGUGCACAUCUCAAGACUUUCCCCCUCGAGGUUGGCAGUAUUGUGGGAUAUAGUGGCCAAAAGAAGGACACCGAAAUAUUUUAUCAGUUUACUUCCUUUUUAUCUCCAGGUAUUAUAUAUCACUGUGAUCUGACCAAAGAGGAACUGGAGCCAAGAGUUUUCCGGGAGGUGACUGUGAAAGGAUUUGAUCCUUCAGUUUACCAGACAGUUCAGGUUUUCUACCCUAGCAAAGAUGGUACUAAGAUCCCAAUGUUUAUUAUUCACAAGAAAGGAAUUAAACUGGAUGGUUCUCACCCUGCCUUCUUGUAUGGAUAUGGAGGCUUCAACAUAUCAAUUACACCAAGCUACAGUGUGUCAAGACUUAUUUUUGUGCGACACCUAGGAGGUGUUCUAGCAGUGGCAAACAUAAGGGGCGGUGGUGAAUAUGGAGAGACCUGGCACAAAGGUGGUAUCUUGGCCAACAAACAAAACUGCUUUGAUGACUUUCAGUGUGCUGCCAAAUACCUCAUCAAGGAAGGCUACACAUCUCCAAAGAAGCUGACUAUUAAUGGAGGCUCAAAUGGGGGCCUCUUAGUUGCUGCCUGUGCUAAUCAGCGCCCCGACCUAUUUGGGUGUGCUAUUGCCCAAGUGGGAGUGAUGGACAUGCUCAAGUUCCACAAGUACACCAUUGGCCAUGCUUGGACCACUGACUACGGUUGCUCCGACUGUAAAGAGCAGUUUGAAUGGCUAUGCAAGUACUCUCCACUUCACAAUGUCAAACUACCAGAAGAAGAUGGCAUCCAGUAUCCCUCUACGCUGCUUCUCACAGCAGACCACGAUGAUCGUGUGGUCCCUCUACAUUCACUGAAGUUUAUCGCUACUCUGCAGUAUGUUGUGGGCCGAAGCCGUAAACAAACCAAUCCACUCCUCAUCCAUGUUGACACCAAGGCUGGGCAUGGAGCAGGAAAGCCAACUGCUAAAGUUAUAGAAGAAGUGUCAGAUAUGUUUGCUUUUAUAGCACGAUGCCUAAAUCUUGAUUGGAUUGAAUAGGCAAAAUGCUUAUUGUUGUCUCCUUUAGAAAACAAGGGCUUUGACACCAUUUAAGACCAACCAGACUACUACUUGGUGUAGUACUUACAUUUAAAAACUGCAGUUUAAUAUUUUAUUGAUCCGGCCUGCUAUGGAGUUUUGAUCUUCUGUGCUUCCUCUUUUUGGCAUUUCUUUGAAUUUCUUUUCUAAUGCGUUCCAAAGGGCAUUUUAAAAAGCAUGUUCCAAUAAAUAGCUGAGCUACUGUUGGUGCUGAUGUGAACGUUUAGAUUCCAGAGUUAGUGCUAGUUGAGCUUAUUUCCUGUAAACAAUUUUAAUGUAUUUUGCACCUAUAAACAUAUCCAGAUCAUCUGUAAUUAAAUGUAAGUACUGUCCACAUACAAGAACUCUGAGCAUACUUUAUUUACACAGGAACUCAUUUAAGAAUGUAAAUUGCAGGUGUUCAGUGCUAACCAUGAAAUACUGAAGAAACAGUAAUCUGGGUAAUUAAGUCAAAUAUUAUUUAAAAGCUUGUAUUACAUACUGUUCAUAGGUGUGUUACAGUCUAUAAUAAUGAUGUUGCUAAAUUGUUUUUUCUUUCCAAAGAGACUUCAAAAUGUCAGCAGUUUUCUGUCAUUUAUUUCUACAUGAAAGAGAAAAUGGAAGAAUUCUUAGAUUCUCACUGUAAUCUCAGUCAAGCAAUGAAGAUACUCUUCAACAACCUGCCUGCUGUUAGCUCUUCAAUAUUUCUGAAGAGUAGACCAGACAUUGACUUAAAAAAAAGAAGGAAAAAAGAAAAACAACAAAAAGACCCAAUCCAAAACCACAGCUUUGUCUAGAUUGUUCAAGUUCAGUUUUUCCUGAUGCCUUUGACAGCAUGUUCUCUAACAAGCCAAAGUCUAAACAUAAGUAUGUAACCUAGUUCUGGUUGCAGAACAAGAGCUCGUAGUCAGACUCCCUAAUGACUUGACACAGGCACAGUAUUUUAACUGCCAUUUCAUAUCUUUCCCAUCUAGGUUACAAAGUAGAUGUGAGUAUUUGCCUACUAGCUGUCUGAACUCUGAUGCACUGCAGCAAUUACAGUUUGAUUUUGCAGAGCAAAGAAGUAUUUUAUCAAUUAUUAUUAAUCUUUGUUGCCCCUUCAGAAAACCCUGCUGCUCUCAGAUUUGGAUAAGCUGAUAGAUUCUUCCAGAAUCAUGCUUGUCAUUAUAUUCAUGCUUAUACCCUAAAGCCUGUAUUUUAACUCUGGGCUCAAGAGUUUCAUUUCUAAGUAGCGUCUCAGCAUAGGAAAAGGUGGGAGUAGUAUUUAAAAGAAGAGUAGGCUGCUGUAAACAGCAGCAAAAUUAAAAAUAAAUUUGUACUAGAUUCACUCCUGUGUCUCUCUCAUGCUCUGGGGUUUCUGCUUAUUCCCUCAGCAAUCCAGGAAAGAUCAUCCCUCCCAGGCCCUUACUGUGUGCAAUUUGAUUUUAGGAGUUGAAAAAGAAAAGAGAGGGGGAAGGUUUCUGCUUUCCUAUGAAAUACCACACCUAAAACCUGUAUGUGAUCUGGGAUUUAUUUGUGAUCCAUGGGCAUUACAGUUUUACCAGGUACUUUAUGGACUGAUGCAUUCUAAUCACAGCAUCGAAUUAAACAAUCAAAAUGGGGAGUUGAGGGAGGGUUGGGGUUUUUUCCCUCCAGGCUAUGAAAACAGGGUUCAGGUUCAGCAUCCCCAUUUUCCUAGAGGAAUAUGAACUGCCUUCUGUGAUCAUUUGGGAAUUUUCAACAGAGUCCCUGCAUGGCAGAAACAAAGUACAUAAAACCGUGCCACCUCCACUUGCAACACCUCACAGCUGCGGCAUCUGGGCUUUUCUUGAAUGUUACAGUUCCCAUCAUGAGGGCAGAGCUUUACCUCUGAGAUGAGAGCUUUGUAGGAUAAGGUGUGUGGAAAAUAAUGGUCGUCAGGUGUUCAUGAAAUAUUGCUGCACUGUGUUGGUGCAUUGAAUUGCAAAGGCUUGGGCACAGACACCUCAAUCAUCUCUCCAGGUCUUUGUUCCUAAAAAUGCUUAGCCGCCUUCCCCAGCUGCUCAAACACAAAACUUCUGGCACAGGUUAAAAAUCAUUCCUUUUCCUCCUGAAGCUGGGUUACCUGAAUGGCUCAAUACUGAGGCAGGUGACCCGUAAUGUGGGGAGUUUGGAAACAAACAUUUCUCUUUGAGUGGCAAUCAACAGUAUUCAAGGGGGAGCUGGCUUGCUGGAGACGCUGCUUACAAAAUAAGAAGUGUUAAAGGGUAUCCUUUGUAGAAUGCUGGUAUCUUUAUUGGGAAAGCAUUUUCUGUAUGUAACCGAGUCUUAAUGUUGACUUUUUAAUUGAUCUUAAUCAGGUAUGCCAAGUCUAUGAUUCAGGUGCCAAAAAAGUGAUGUUGCAAAGCAGUCCUACUAGCUGAAUUGCUUCUUUCGGUGCAGAAGGGGACAUGCUCCAACUGGAAUCUGUAAUUAACUCUGCACAAGUAACGCUUUUGUAUUGUAAUGGGCUGCCCAGAGAGGCUAUGGAGUCUCCUUCUCUGGACGCAUUCGGAACCCACCUGGAUGCAAUUCUGUGCAACAUCCUCUAGGUAAAGGUAAACCCACUUUAGCAGAGGGUCAGACUAGAUGCUCUCCAGAGGUCCCUUCCAACCCUGACCAGGGUGAUUAAAUAGACCUGGAGCCAAACCAUUUCUGCUGUAUAAAACGUAAUGAAAUCUCUGUUAGUUUGGUUUCAAGGUUAACUUCUUUUCUCUGCAGUGGAAACGCUAUUUUAUGAAGAGGCUCUGUAUCCUUUUAUUUCCAGUACAUGAAGCAAAAUUCACUAGCUGGGCAAGGUAACCUCCUCACAACUAUCUGCUUUUUCAAAAUCAUGUUUCUUAGAAAAAUAGAUACCAAUGUUUUGUGCCAAGAUCAAAACCAGAAAAAUCUUUAUCAUAAAGUCCUCUAAGAGGCUUAUGUUGCAUGAAACAAAAUCUGUUUUUAAGUGGAAAUAAAUGAACUUUUUACAUA